AUGUCUACAAGUGCAGGUGGUUCGGGCAGCCGGACCAAGGAUGGCGUCCCGAUCUGGGACGGAGAGGCAGGGACCUUCAACGACUUCGAGGAGGCAUGCCAGAUGUACGAACAGUCUGUGGCCAAGGAAAAACGAUAUCUUUGUGGGCCAAAGAUCAUCGCUGAGCUCACGGGGUCAGCUCGCCGCUUGGUCGCAGGAAAAGGUGCAUCCUGGCUGUCUUACAAUGGCGGCGUCGAGGCUCUUCUACGACAUUUGAGGUCAUGUCUGGGGAAGCCUCAGAUAUCGGAGCUGAGUGAGUUCUUGAAUAAGUACUUCAAGCACAGCCACCGUCGACCCCAGGAGACGAUUAACGACUAUGUGACCCGGAAAUGUGAAAUAUAUCUUCGUGCCCAACAAGCCCUUCGCCGAGUAGCUCCCCACCACGAUCCAGGAAAAACAGAAGUCCCGCCAAGGACCAGUGGACCUUCCUGGACCUCUCGAUGGAAUGGUUCCCGGCGAAGCAGCUUGGACUCGACUGACUACUCGACGGACCCAGCCCGUCAAGAUGUACAGAGUGCGGCGCCAACGGCAUCAACCACUGAGGCCCCGGACGCCGAGGACGAGCACGAGCAGGACGAAGAGCACACCUGGGGCCGAGACUAUAGUUCCUCCUACUAUGGAUCCUGGAGCUACUACCAGCCCCAGAGCGGCUGGAACAACUGGGGCUACGAACCAUGGUGGUCCAGCGACCACUCGUGGUGGCAGUCCAGUUACGCAACCCGAGACUCAGGACCACGUGCGGACGCGAUGCCAGAACUCUUGCCAGACUACGUGCAGGGAUGGUACCUCCUGCAGGACGCCGGCCUCACCACGCACGAGCGGAACAUCGUCCAGACGGCGCUGCAGGGCGACUUCUCCCUCCAGAAGGUUGCUCAAGAAUUGCGAAACCAGUGGUCAGGCAGUGAGCUCCUCAAGCGUGAGUCUGGACACCGGCAGAGUGGCUAUCUCGGGGACUAUGUGGAACAGGACCCGGACCAGGAGGAGGACGACGCCGUGGAGGACCAGGACAUCUACGACGAGCUGGAACCCGAGGAGAAGGUGGCGUGGGAUGAGCAGGAGAAUGCGGCUCAAAGUGCGAUGGCAGCUAUACACCACGCUAAAAGGACCCUGAAGGACGCACGAGCCCGACAACAUGACGUCAAGCUCUCCAGACAGUACUACCGGACGGGUUCCAAAGGCGGUGGCCGAGGCCGUGGCGGAGGUGCUAAGGACGACUCGCAGAUGACCUGCCUACGAUGUGGACGCCAAGGACACAGAGUCGCCAACUGCCCACAGCCCCCAACGGCCGCUGUGACGACGACGCCGGAGGCAACAUCGUCUUUCAUAUGCUACCUCGAGGAGAAGACCAAGAAAGCGGAUGCCUACGCUAUGGGAGUGACCACCACGACGGACGCGAUGCGACAAGGCAAAGCUGUACUGGACGGCGGGGCAACCCGCACCUUGGCCUCCAUUGAAGCGAUGGAGGCAAUCAUGAAGCUCAACCAAAGUAAGCAUGGAACUACCGGGAUUGCCAUGCUGGACCUGAGCGAACGUCCGGUCUUUGGCUUCGGCAACAGCUCAGAAAACCAGUGCGCCUCGACCGCGCACUUGCAGAUCCAGGCGGGGGAGAAGCCUGGCAAGUUGAAGGUGCAUUGUCUCGACCAAGGACACCAAUUGUUGGAUAUGACAGAAGACUGGUACAAGGGGUCCAUGUGUACAAAGCAAGAAGGAACGGAGCCGGAAGCCACACAGGAGACCAGAAGCGAAUCCUUUGGAGCCAUGUACAAGAUGACCAAGCCGCAGUUGGUGGCCGAGUUGUUGAAGUACAACGAGCACCCGGCGCCCUCGUGGACGAAGGUGGAGAUCCGACAGCGACUCCUGGAGCUCCAGGGGAAGGAGACGGAGCCGAGCCAACGCGAGCUCAACUCCACCGGCCUCCAGAAGGCGACUCGCGAGAUGCGGAAGGCCAGCAAGACAAAGGCCCAGCUCCAGGCCUUCUGCGAGAACGAGCUGGACGUGACGUUGACGGGGAACGAAACCAAGCCCCAGCUCGAGAUGAAGGCCCUGAACAAGAUCAUGACGGUGACGCAGGCGGAGUCCAUGGAUGUGGCGGGCUUCGGGAAGCAUGUGGACCGGCGCUACCACGAGUUCCUCGGCGAGCUGAGGAGCUAUGGGGAGUGGGUGGUCCAGACGGCCAAGGAGAAUCCCGAGACCAGCGAUCCCCGGCUGCGACGAUUGGCCGGAUGGUUGGAGCCACGCAUGGCAAUGGAGGCCCUGGGAGGACCAGUUCCGGGAGGAUACCGUUCGAGUAUGGCAUCGGCGAGCUCAUGGAAUGCGAACCCUACGGCGGCACCGAAGGCCCUGCUGAGGCCCAAGAAGCCAGCGGUUUCCGAGUCGAUGGCGUCUUCCCCGGAGGUGAUCGACGACCAAGCGAAGAAGCUGGCCGAGAUGGAGGCCAUGAUCCACAAGCUCCAGGACGAACUCUCGAACCUCAAGGCGGAGCCACCGCGCAAGCAGACCGCCUACCCGGACGAGGACAGCAUGACGGACCGCUCGUUCACCGAGGACAAAGAGGCUGCCGUGAGUUGCGGCCAGUGGAAUUCCUGUGAUCUUAGUGAUAAAGAAGGCCUCAAGCUCCAGCUAGAAAGGUACACCACGGAGUUCGUGAAUCGAAUCAGUAGAAUCCUGUGCCAAGAGCUGUCCCACCACGGGACGAUCCAGGAGUGCGCGGGGAUCACCCAACUUUUGGAAGCAGGAGCAGGGACCUUGGAGUGUUUCGGGAACCCCACGGCGGUGAGUGCCGAAGCUGAUAUCGUGGACGAGAAACUUCGGAUGUAUAUCUUAGGCUAUCUGCAGCAUUGGAGCCCUCAGCAUGUGACGUGUACUUCCUUUGUUAUCAACGACAACUGCACAAGGCGCUUGAGACAAGGGCAUUGGAUGAAGGGAAGAUUGCUUGAGACGAAAGGACACUGGACCCACCCGGUCACGGGAGAGCAGCAGAACUUUAUGGUGAUCGUUGAUGAAGGCUGGAUCCAACACUUCGGGAAGCCGAAGACCAUUAGGCUCGAUCCCGCUGGCAGCUUUAGAGCAGGGUCCGUAGAAGGGUUCUGUGACCGACAUGGCAUAUAUUUGGAUAUCAUACCGGGAGAAGCUCAUUGGCAGAUCGGCGUGGCCGAACAGGCCAUUCAGGGGAUUAAGCAGCUAAUGUCCAAGAUGGUGCAGUCGGAAAGAGAGGCAAGUGCGGAGGAACUGCUGAGCCUUGCUGUGUCCGUUUUCAAUCAACGAGAGAUGGUGAGAGGAUUCUCGCCAACACAGCAUGUACUGGGGGUGAGUCCUGAUACCACCGGACAUUUUGUGCAGCUACCUGGUCCCGAUCACGGGCCCAUCCUGAACAACUCUGAGGCGGAGUUUCGCCGAGAGGCGAACCUACGAGCGGAAGCUGAGAAAGCCUUGGCAGAGUGGAAUGCGCAGCAGCGGAUACAACGGGCCAUCAAUUCCAGGUCUAGACCCGACAUCGUGUACCAGCCGGGAGACCUUGUGUACUUCUGGAGGACCCAAGAGUCCAACAAGAGUAAGAAGCAACCCGGGACCAACCAAGGGAGGUUCCUCGGACCGGCACGCGUACUGGCCAUGGAGACCAGGAAGGAUGCAGAUGGGCAGCGAAGGCCGGCGCACUCAAUCUGGUGUGUGCGCGGCCGAAGCUUGAUCAAAUGUAGUCCAGAACAGUUGAGACCGGCCAGCCAUCGAGAAGAACUUGUGGAGGGACUUUCCGAACAGGACUCCACGCCCUGGACGUUCAACCGCCUGGCGGAUGAAGUGGGCGGAAAUCAGUAUCAAGAUAUUUCUGGCGAAGUACCUAGUGCAGCGGAAUGGGCCCGCGCUCAGGAUGUCCAGCAGGAGGCGCCUCCUACAAGACAUCGGAUUACUACCAAACGGCCAUUGGCAGAUCUGAACACCGGAGACCAAGAGAUGCCGGACGAGUUGGAGACCGGCACAAGCCAACCCAGCGUAAUCCGAAGGUUGGCACCCGGAGAGCCCCAUCAAGGCCUUUUCUCCAGUGCGGGCCACUGGCGGGAUGACGUAAGACCGUCAGCCUGGGUGGCCGAACAUGCAAGUUUCUGGACUGACGAGGACGCUGCAGUGGAAGUGGCUGUGGAGGUUCCAGAGAGCCGUCGAGGACUGGAGGGCAUGUCGCGAGACAUGCAAAGUUUCUUCGUGGGUGCCCUGAAACGGAAGGCCGUGGAAGUAAGCGAGAGACGUUUAUCUCCCGAGGAUAGAGCCCGGUUCCAAGAAGCCAAAGGAGUGGAAGUAAAGAACUUCAUCGCAGCGAAAGCAUUCGAGGCACUCCCUGGUCACCUGAAGCCCCACCAGGACCAGGUGAUCGGCAUGCGUUGGAUACUGACUUGGAAAGUCAAGGAUGAUGGCAGAGUUAAACCCAAAGCACGUGCCGUUCUUCUUGGAUAUCAAGACCCGGGAUACGAACAUCGCGCUACCACGGCCCCUGUCAUGACGAGGCAGACCCGACAGCUUCUGUUGCAGUUGGCCGCCAAUAAGAGAUGGCGCUUGAUGAAGGGCGACGUGAGUGGAGCUUUUCUGCAGGGCCGUGAAUAUCCUACAGAACUGUUUUGUGCCCCGUGCGAUGAGAUUUGUACAGCCAUGGGACUCGCACCAGGAUCGGUCACCAGGCUACGUCGAGCCUGUUACGGGCUCGUAGAUGCUCCUCUAGAAUGGUACAAGACUGUAGCCGAGUUUCUGUCCUCUUUGGGGCUGGAAAGAUUGUGGUCUGACUCUUGUGCAUGGGUUUGGCGUAAGGAAGGAGAAGUGAGGGGAAUGAUUUCGGGCCAUGUUGAUGACUUCCUGUUUGGUGGCCGAGAUGAUGACUUGGAGUGGCAAGGGAUUCUCAAGCAGAUACAGGAACGCUUCAAGUGGGGGGACUGGGAUAAGGAUAAGUUUGUUCAAUGUGGAGUCCUGAUUGAGGCCAAUGAACACGGGUUCCAGUUAUCCCAACCAAGCUACACGGAAGGAAUCGAAGCCAUCAACUUGAGCUCCUCCCGUAGGAAGAUGCGGAAAGCCCCCACCACCGAUUACGAGAAAACCAAACUGCGAGCACUCCUAGGAGGACUAAGCUGGCAUGCGCAGCAGGUGGCCCCUCAUGCUUCAGCGGACGUAGGAUUGAUGCUUUCAGAAGUCAACCACUCCACCGUAGACACCCUGAUUAAGGCGAACCAGUUGUUAGAAAACGUCAAAGCCCGCAAGGAUCAUAAGAUGUUGAUCACGCGACAGGUGGGCGAAAUGCACUUCUAUGCCUGGGUAGACGCCGCUAACCAGAACCGAGUGGAUGGCGGAAGUACGCAGGGAAUACUGAUAGGAGCGUCUUCAGAGGGGUUGUUAAAAGGAGAAGUUGAAGCCGUGAGUCCGAUUAGUUGGCACUCGACAAGGAUUGAUCGCGCGUGCCGAAGCCCAGGAGCUUCGGAGACUGCGGCGGCCGUGAACGGGGAAGACUUGCUGUACUACGUGCGGUACCAAUGGAGUGAAAUGCUCUAUGGUCGUCCCAACCUACGACAACCAGACGAAACAGUAUCACGAGUACCUGGCUGCGUCAUCACUGACUCUCGGAAUGUCUACGACAAGCUCGCGACCGCUAUGUACACCGUCAACGGCGCCGAGAAGCGAGCCAACAUCGAACUGAUGGGACUGAAGGAGUCACAGGAUGCCACGGGCGUCGUCUUACGGUGGGUGCAUAGUGAGGCGCAACUCGCAAAUGCGCUCACCAAGAUCCAGAACCACAAGGAGCUCGAACUCUUCUACAGCAUGCGACACAGAUGGCGCAUAGUGGAGGACCCCGAGAUGAAGUCCGCCCGGAAGAGGCCAAGCGGUUUGAUGUUCGUCACUGUGCAAGGCGCCAUCGUGGAAGUUCAAGAGAUAUCCUUGCCCAGUGGUAUUGCCACGGGCCCCAUCCGAAGCGCCCAGCCAGUUUGGACAAGUCACAGAGGAGUCACUGGCGGAGAUAUCACCACAGCAUCACAAUCGAUCUUCUUCAACUUUUCUUGCACAUACUGGUACAUGUGCUGUUUCUUGAACGUGUCGACGAACACUUCGCGCUUCUCCAUCCGGCGGAGCAUCUGCGAGUCGAUUUCGGAAUCGGAGCUCGACAUUGCACGUGGGAAACAGGUCGAUGGCGUGACCUGUGCGGAGGUGCCUUUCUUUGUUGCUCUGCCUUCCAAGUCUGCCUCGGAGGUGUUGGCAGCCACCAAGGAGAUGUUGAUGCAGGUCAAGAAGCUGGGACUGGUGGUUCAAAGGAUCCACUCUGAUCGUGGCCGCGAGUUCGUGAACAAGGGGUUCAGGUCCAUGUGCCGAGAUCGCGGGCUAGUUCGGACUACUACGACGGGCGAUGACUAUAAAGCCAAUGGUCGUGUGGAAGCUUUGAUUGGGCGAGCUAAGUGUGCGGUCCGGACAUACCUCUCGGGCUCCGGUUUGGAUGCCAGUAUGUGGGCCUUCGCAAUGCGGCACUACAUGGCCAAGGUGCAGCAGGGCGUAGUGACCCAACUUGGCGGUCGUGUUCCUCGACUACCUCCUUUCGGGACCAAGGUGUUUGUGAAGAAGAGAUCCUGGAAGCUCAAGAAGGAGGAGUUUGUGGAGAAGGUGGUAGCGGCUAAAGUGCUUUGCCCAUCCAUGGAUGUUGCUCGUGGCUUCUUGGUGAAGACGGAGGAUGGGAGCUACCUCACUACUAUGGUGGUCGUGGAAAACGUGCGCGAGGUGUCCGGUGAGUUCGAGGUGGAUGCCCCGCCGUCUCGUACGGAUCCGCCUGGAGUUCGACGGCGGCUUCGAGACAAAACGGCGAUUGCAGCGGCUCGCUUGGAGGAGGAGGCGCUACUGGCAAAGCUGGAAGCGGUUGAAGAUGAGCACUUGAUCCAGGAUGAAGAGCUGGCGGCUGUGUUCAUGGAGGCCGGAGAUUUCUCUAUGGAAGCGGUGGAAUCUCUUCUCGAUGGGCUAUGGUUAGCGGAUCAGGUUGUUCCAGGCCAUCGACCAAACAUCUGCAAGGAUGCCACUACAGUCUCUGUGCACGUCCUGGGGAUGUUCCGACAUGGGGGAGUGGUGGGGGCGACCCGCCUGGCGAGGACUCGGCCGAUGCUGACAAGGUUCUUGGUGGAAGCGCUCAAGCGGCUAGUCGGGCCACAAUCUUCCUUUACUACCUUGUCUCUCAACUUCAACACGCCUAUGCAGUGCCAUCAGGACCUCAACAACAAAGCCGGCACGAUGGCUCAUUUGGUGGGCCUUGGCACCUAUGUUGGAGGAGCUUUGUGGUGUCAUGAGCCUCAGCAAGGCCCCGGUGAUCAUGUGGACUGGCGGAAAGUACAAGGAAGGUGGCUUCCUGGUCGCCGCUACCCCACCUACCACAAGCUCGUGUCCUUUGACCCUUGUCGACUUCAUCAACCUCUUCCGUGGCAUGGCAAAAGGGUGACCAUUUCGGCCUACACCGUGGGUUGCUUCGAAAACUGCUCCGAGCAGCAUCGUUCUCUACUACAAGAGCAAUUGGGUUUUCCCCUGCCUCCGCUGUCGGUUCAGACGUCGUCUGAAGGGGGAGAAGGCGGUGGCAUUUCGUCUCGAGCGGUGCGUUUUUUAGCUGCUGAGCAAUCCGGGGAGAACCUGAACUCGGAAUCUUCUGGUGAUGCAGCUUGCGGUGGUGGUCUUUUAGCGAGUUUAGAUCCGGGGGAGAACCUGAAAUCGGAAUCUCCUGGUGAUGCAGCUCGUGGUGGUGGUCGCUUCGGAAGCUUAGUUCCGGGGGAGAACCUGAAGUCGGAAUCUCCUGGUGAUGCAGCUCGUGGUGGUCAGUGCGUAUGUAAAGGAUGGGAGGUGGAUCCGUCGUUGUGCGUGUGUGGUUCUUCUGGCGAGAGUGGUCCAGAGUGGUUCUUCAUUGGAGAUGAAGGAGAUGGCGGUGAACUGAAGGCGAUCCAUCCGUAUGAUGAGGUGUCCUACGAGCUUGUGGGUUCUGAGGUGCCCCUGGAUGUCGGGUGGGAUCUCUUUGAUGAGUACCUGGACGGGGUGCGGUGCCUCCUGGCGCAUGAAGAGAACCUCGAGCGAGCCUUGGACGACCCGCCCGAGGCCAAUGGAGGCUAUGCGUGCUUGGAGGAGUCGUGGAGGGCUAGUCGUCUUGAGCUUGAGACGGAGAUGGAGCGGUGGCGCGACUACGGCGAGACGAAGGAUGAAAGUCGUCUGUGCUCAGUCGAGGUUGAGAGUGAAGCGGUUGACGCUCCUCUUCAUACCAAGACGAUCCCCAACGAGGUGGUCCGGAAGGAGAUCGAAAAGUGGGUCCCUAGCAUGCUCUCCGAGUACGAGUCCUUGGUUCGCGAGAAUGAUGCGGUGGAGCCUUUUGAUGAGGCUAUCCUUCAGCAAUGGAAGGAGGCGGGCAAGGAGUUCGACUUGGUUCCUGGGAAGACGGUGCACACCAUCAAGGCGUUCACGGGCCGGCUCAAGACCCGAGCCGUCAUCUGCGGCAACUUCUUGGGUCAGAACUUCUCGAAGGACCAGAAGUACGCCGCUGGUGCGGACAGUGUGUUGAUCCGGCUUCUGGCCUGGUCCAUCUGCGUGAUGGACGUUCGCACGGCAUUCCUUCUGGCGCCGCUACUCUUUCAAGAGGAUCGCCCCACCUUGGUUCAGGUGCCGAAGAUGUUCUUGCUGGGAAAAGUGUGUCGUGAAACCAUAUGGAAGGUCAAAAGAGCCCUUUAUGGCUUGGUGACUUCGCCGAGGUCAUGGGAAGUUUACCGAAACAAGACGCUGGCGCAGAUGCGAGGCAAGGUCCCUGAGGGAGAGAUCACCCUGGUGCAGUCCGAGAUCGACAGCAGCUUAUGGUAUGUCAUGGUGGGAGCCCGCCGCGCAGGUGCCAUCAUAUGCUACGUUGACGAUCUCUUGAUUGCGGGCGAGGCGCCGAUCGCCCAGGAAGUGGCGAGAAUGAUCGCUAAGACUUGGAAGUGCACCGAGCCCCAGUGGGACGAUGUGACCUUCAAUGGCUUCGAGAUCCAUCGGAGCCCUGAGGGUCUGGUUUUGCGGCAGGACAGCUACACCAAGGACCUCUUGGCGCGUUACAAGGAGCUCAUCAGCUAUGAAGAGGUCCCGGCACCGACCCAGCUGAACUCCGAGGACUUUGUCUUGAAGGAGGGAGAGGAGGCGGCCGGCUUUAUCCGGACCGCCCAGACAAUGGCGGGAGAGCUGCAGUGGCUGGCUGGGCGUUGUCGACCGGAGAUUGCGUAUGCUGUCAACUUGUUGUCGCAGGCCAUCGGCAAGAACCCCAAGGAAGCGGUGUACCGAGGAGGGCACUUGUUAAAGUACCUCAAGCGCUUUCCCGAGGCAGGGUUGCUCUACACCAACAAACCCCACCUGAGCCCGGACGCCCAGGUGUCUACGAAGGGUCCUAUCCUUGAGGGCUUCUGCGAUGCUAGCUUCGCUCCGGAUGGUGGUCGCAGCCAGCAAGCGGUGAUGGUUUUCAUGAUGGGAGGCUUGGUGGCUUGGGCUAGCCACCGUCAAGCCUUUGUCACCAUGUCAACGGCGGAAAGCGAGCUGGUGGCGAUUUGCGAGCUUACUAUGAGCAUGAAGUCCCUGGAGCAUUUGGUGGCGGAAGUUGCUCUUGGCUCUAAGGAAAAGGUGGAGAGCGUGAUGAAGGUUCUGCACUCCGACUCUCAGUCGGCUUUGGCAGUUUGCAGGUGCGCCGCGGGAAGUUGGCGCACGCGCCACUUGCGCAUUCGUGGGAGCAUGAUCCGGGAGCUGUUAGAGUACCCCGACUGGCUGGCGUUUCACUUGGAUGGAAAGGUGAUGCCGGCUGAUCUGGGCACUAAAGCCCUUGCCGUGGAUCGCUUCAAUGUGCUGGUGGAUCGGAUGCGAGUUCAGCGAAGGCGCUACAGUGAAAGUUCGAGCGCAAUCGCGCCGGCACAGGCCAAGCAGCUGAUGAUGGUGCUAUGUCUGGCUGCGAUGAUGGAGCAGGGAGAGGCUGCGGAGCAGGAGGCCCGGGAGCCCUUCGACUACAUGUUCCUCGGCCUGUGCGUGGUGGCGACUAUUGCGAUUUGGGAAUGGGUCAAGCAGGUCGCGUCGGUGUUCCGACGGACAGUUCGAGGCAUGUUCGCGAGUUCCCCGGCGGCGACCCACACCAGCAGAUCUUCUACGGCCGGGGAAUCAGCGUCAAGUGAGCCUUCACCGGAGAACUCCGGGACAACGGCGUCCUCCCCUACUACGAGUGGACCCGCGGAGUCGCGACCUACCGAGUUGCGACAGAGGAGCCGGAUCUCUGGGGAGCGCCGACCGCCCACACCACCUGUGCCGGCACCCGUGGAGCCGCUGGAUACCCUGCAAGGACCUAUGCAGGACUACAGCUUCCGACCUGCGGUCGGAAAGCGGGACUACUGGGAGUGGAAGGAAGAGCAGGGAGUGGUCAUUCGCUGGCACGCUGCUCCGCGCACCAUGAUGUUCACUCCUGGACAGACCGCGGCAGGGCCUACGCAGGCCCAGUUGACCGGGCGCCGCGUCACCUAUGCUGUGUUUGCGAAUGGUGAAACAAGGCGGGUUCAAGAUGAUUAUCGACAACUUCACAAGCCGUCGAGAGCCCUUGCUGACCGUGAGUGGAAGGGCCGGACCGAGCUCCAGCUGGCUCCCGGCGCACGUGCUCACACUUCGCAAUUCCUGAAUGAGUGA